AUGGACGACGGCAUUGAGUCCGCGGCAGGACCGUCCUCGGCGGUCGCUGGCUCCUCCUCGUCAGCAAACAUCUCGCUGACGAACGUUCCCAUUAUACCAGGCGAAAGCUUCGACUGGGAGGCCUACACGUCUGCCUACACCGGUCAAGCGCGAGCCCAGCGUCUCAUGUACAUUGCACAGCACUGUCCAUCGCUACGUCAAACCUGUAGCAAGGCUGCUGCCGAAUACGUCAAGGAGCACACCAGAGAUGUGGCAGCUUACCAGGCCAUGAUUACCACGCACAACACAGAGCCCGAGACAGGCGAUCUUCUUCCAGCAUCACAACGCAUCGCAGCGGAUUCGGAAUGGAUCCAGUCGACGCAGCAGCGCAACAAUGCUGAACGCGAAAAGCUCGAGCUGGAGAUGCGCAAUUACCAGAACAAUCUGAUCAAGGAGUCGAUCCGCAUGGCACAUCGAGACCUCGGUGAUCACUUUUGGGAUACGGGUGAUCACCAGGAGGCGCUCAAGUCAUACACCAAGACGAGAGACUACUGCUCCACGACGGACCAUAUCAUCGAGAUGUGUAUGAACGUCAUCGAGGUGUCUCUGCGACUCAAGACCUUCACCAACGUUCAGACAUUUGUCAGCAAAGCGGAGGGAGUGCUGGAAUCAUACGUUCCAUCGGGAAGCGCGGGAGGGAGGAAGCUGAGCUCGUUGGGAGCGUCGAACAUUGCUCCUCCCGUCAGAGGUGCGUCGACUGCAGGUGCGGAUGCGAUCGGAGCGCUCUUUCGCGCUGGUGGCAGCUCAGCCGUGGCGACGGCUGCCUCGACGUCGUCCAGCGCCCAGGCCGGGACCAGCGGCGAAAGUGCAUCACAGGCCGCCGCGAGAAAAGUGGUCGCCGAAACAGGGGCAAAGCUUCGAGCAGCUGACGCUGUAGCGCUGAUGAGUCGCGGACUGUACGAGAGCGCAGCCAAGGUGCUACUCAACAUCGAUCCAGCACACAGCUCCUCCUUCUCGGACAUUGUCACUCCAUCCGACCUUUCGAUCUACGCCGCCCUCUGCAGUCUGGCUACGAUGGACCGGGCUGUUCUGAAAGCGCAAGUCAUGGAAAACAGCAAAUUCCGUGGCUUCCUCGAGUACGAGCCGUACGUCCGAGAGCUCCUCGAAGCCUUCAGCUCGGCACAAUUCAAAAAGGUCGAGGAGAUUCUCGACGAGCAUCAGGCACGCCAUCUCCUCGAUCCAUAUCUUGCACCGCACGUGCAAACCCUCAGGACAAGGUUGACCCGGCGAGCACUACGUCAAUUCUUCACACCGUUCGACAGGAUCAACAUCUCGCGCAUGGCAGCCGCGUUUGGCUGGACGGAGAAGCACAUGUCGGAGGAGCUGGUGGCAUGCAUCCAGAGAGGCGAGUUCAAGAACCUGCCAGGCAAGGCGGCCGAGGUGGGCGACGCGAGGAUCGAUGCGAUCAGUCAGACGCUCGAGUAUCGAACGAAGGACCCGCGCAGGGCGGUGUUCGACUCGGCUCUGGAGCUGGGAGACAAGCGAUGUAAGGAGACCAAGCGGCUGCUGUUGCGGAUGAAGCUGGUUGAAAACGGGGUGGUUGCCAAGGCGAGCCGGUCUCACAGCGGGGAUGCUUAA